ACCCACCCACAAUUAUGCCAAAAGUCCUUGAUGGAAAGCUUGUCUCUAUACAUGGCAUUGGACGAGCAUCUUUGGCUCCAAAUAUUACCAUUGACAAUGUUUUGUACAUACCUGAGUUUACAUACAAUCUUAUAUCAGUGAGACACUAUUCAUUUUGCCAUGAUGAAUUAAGAAAAUCCAUGCCUUUACAAUAUUUUGAUGAUGAUGAUGCAUUAGCCAUUCAAUUUAGAAAUCAAGGAAACAAAUAUGCAAAUCCUAGCUACAUGCAGCAAGACCCACCAGAAGUUGAUCAACCCACCAUCAUACGGCCCAAACAGGCUUGCCCAAGCAAUGUUGAUAGUGUUAACUCAAGUGUUGAUGCUUGCAAUGCCGCACAUGGAGAGGGAGACGCAAACCCAACAAUUGCUAGAACUUUUGAUGCAAGCCAUAGUAAUGUGGCCAAUCCCAUUAAUUUUAAUUCAAGGCCACAGUGCGAGAAAAGGAAACCAACCUACCUCAUAGACUACAUCUUAAAUGGAGUUCAAACAAACACCAACACUUCUUCAACCUCAGGAACACCGUAUUCUAUUUUUCAUUUUGUUGCAUAUGAUAAAUUUAGUCCUACUCACUGCUCUUUUCUAGCGGCCAUCUCCACUAAAGAUGAGCCAAAAUCCUUUUCUAAGGCUAUCCAAGAUCCCAAAUGGAGACAAGCGAUGAAAGUCGAAAUUGAUGCUCUCGAGAAAAAUAAUACUUGGACUUUGGAGACGUUUCCUCCUGACAAAAGACCUAUAGGUUGCAAAUGGGUCUAUAAAAUCAAAUAUAAUGCUGAUGGGACAAUUGAAAGAUAUAAGGCACGUCUUGUCGCAAAGGGAUUCACCCAAGUUGAAGGCAUAGAUUACCAUGAUACCUUUGCCCCUGUUACUAAGCUAGUUACCAUUCGAUGCUUACUAGCUAUUGCCGCUACUCGUAAUUGGGAGUUACAUCAAUUGGAUGUUCACAAUGUCUUUCUCCAUGAAGAUCUUAAUGAAGAAGUUUAUAUGCAACUACCUCCAGGCUAUGGGAAUAAAGGAGAACAACGUGUUUGUCGCCUAAGGAAGUCCUUAUAUGGACUCAAGCAAGCAUCAAGAAUUGGUUUGCCAAAUUUGCUUCAGCUUUAAAACUGUUUGGUUUUCAACAAUCUCUGAGUGAUUAUUCACUUUUCACAUAUCGGCAAGAGAAUAAUUUCUUUGCCGUACUAGUUUACAUUGAUGAUUUGAUUAUUGUAGGUAAUAAUUCAUCUCUUUGUCAUAAAUUGGAAGAAUUUCU